CUCGUCCACCGCAGAACGCCGACUGACACCCGUGCGUCUGAAUGGAGGGAAACGGCCGAAAAGCCUUCGACAACCUUUGAGGCUAGUGAAGAGGUCGCGGGUGAGUCGUGCGUCUGCCGGACAAAAAAAAAAGGCUGUCGUGCUGAUGCUGACUCCACGGUGACUCACUUGCUUUCUGGAACAGAUUUCUUCUCUUGUUUUUUUUUCUCGGACCUCUUUUCAGCGGCUCGCCACUUCCAAUCGAAGGUGUGAGGAAGUGGGAAUUCCACGGCUAACGGACUCCCUGAUAAAGGCGCAGGUAUGGCAGAUGGUACGCGACCAGCGGAGACACAUUUAAGACCCAGACCCACGCGGUUAUUAGACCCAGCCCAAAUGAGUCGCCAUUUGGAGGGAUUCCCCCGAACAUAAAAGCCUCAACGUCUCGCGGCAAUUUGUUUCACGUGUUUGCUUUGAUUGCAGGCACGGUCCGGACAUUUCUGGGUCCUUCAAAGAGAAUUCGCCUGCCGAAACCAGUUUCACGUCGCAACAUCACAUUUGGUCGAACGUGCUUAUCAUGAGUCGAACAACAAAAAAAGGCUCGUGAAGUCGUGUGCAAAAAAAAAAAAAAAACACAUUGGAGCCGACCUUUGCGGCGGCCUUUUUCGGGUCACUUGGGCGCAUUUCCAGGGGCCCUGCAAAGAAAAUUCUGCCCCCAAAGCCACUUCCACCCGUUUUAGCGUUAUUGUGGAUAUUUCCAGGAGUCUUUCAAAGAAAAUGCAGAGCCCAGAGCCACUUUCAGCAAGCAAAGCAUGACAUUUGCUUGCCGUGCCAAUCAUGAGUAGACCCACAAAAAAGCAAAAAAACCCAAAACAUGCCGGAAAAUACACCGAAUGUCUUCCAUUUGAAGGAGCACCUCUGGGAUAUUUCCAGUUGUCAUUCACUGACGGACAGACUGCUGGUGAUUUUGUCAGCAAGCAAGGCUGAAGGGCAAGAAAUUUGACUUGCGCCUGGGCAAACUUUCAUGGCGUGUCCUCAAAGCGGAGUCAAAGGUGCACAUCCACUAAUGCAAUCAUCACUGGCCCUCUUUUCACCCCAAUUGUUUGGCGGCCUGCGAGACUGAGCCUUGUCGGCGCUAACGGCCCGCCGAGUUUACGCAACAAUUUCCACGUGUUGACUGUCAACAAAGCGACGCUGUUUCGAAAAGCAACAGCGUGUUCACGUGAUGCCUCAUAAAUAAGAAGAAAACAGCGCGCUACCAAACAAUGGCCCGACUGCAGUCGACUUGCGGUUUGUUCGCAUCCAUCUGUUUUUCUGUCUUUUUUUACAAUCCUGCAACUUCUUAUCUCGCUUCAGCACGGCCACGCACCUUACACACACACACACACACACACACACAUGCACACGCACACGCACACGCACACACAUGCACACACACACACACCACAAACAGGCCUGUCCCGGCCACCUCCUCGUAAACCCGCUCGCUCGUGCACGCGCACCCGCAAACCCCCCCAACCACUCUGCAGACGAGGCAAAGCAUCACACAGGCCGAGUGUUGAACUCUGAUAAGUUGACUGUGAAGUCUGUGGUUUUGUGUUUGUGCUCAUGUUGGGGUGGGGGGGGGUGACAGCAUUCUUGUUUUGUACUCUUAAGUCCAAAUGCAGGAGCCCCCCCCCGCCACCAAAAAAAAAGGGGUUCGGGGGGGGGUCUAUCAUUGAGGUUUAAAACUUAUUUGAUAGGGUUAAUAUGUGGGUGAUCAGGCCGUGCUGCGAACCAGUCUUUUUUUUUUUCCUUCCCUGGGGAUAUGUUUUAUCUUGAGCCACCCUAACAGGUGAAAAUCCACCAUUACCAAAAUAAUUCUCAAUGAAUUUCAUCAUGAAUUAGUUUUUCAUCAAUGGAUUCAUUUUUUUGUGCCUUUAACUGUCACUGCAACAAGUUGGUCUGGAUGCUCGAUUUGUUUUGUCCAAUCAGAUGUCAGCUUCAAAGUGUUUAAGUUUCAAUUGACUCUGCCCAGGGUCGACAUGAUACCAUGUUGCUUCAAUUUUACGGGCCCUAACAAGCAAUGGGAUGGAUUUUGAACAUUUUGUGUCCUCAGAUUGGUCGGUAUCAACAAAAGUUGCCGAGGCAGCUGUGGUAAAAGUUCCCCAAUUGAUAAUGGAUCACAUCCUGUGGUAUCUGCCGCCCUUAUCUCUGGACGGACAGGUGCCUGAAAACUCGCCCACGGCAUCUUCAGGUGAAAUAGGUGCGCCCACGCACGCAAAUUCAAACACAACAUGUUUGCUUAGGAUUUCCCACCCGAAAAUUCUCCCCUCCUCCACCAGUACAAUUGCCCUGCAAUAAAUGCUGAACGCCUCAUAUUUUGUUCAUCCAUCAAAACGGGGAGGGACAAAAGAUUAGGGACAUGCACUCAAAUGGAAAAAAAAGUUGCCGUCUGACUGCUCGUCAUACCACAAGUGGUUUGAUCGCUUGUAACUAGUAAUCGGACCAGUUAUAUUUCUUAUUUUUUCAAGGAGGAGAACGUGUUUGUUUGUCUGAAAACAUUCCCUCUCUUUUUCUUUCCCUCCUUUUGCCUCCUCCUUCAUAUUUGCAUUUGCUCUUUUUUCUGUCAAGCUGACUGUUGAGCCCACGGGGUUUUGUGCAUUUUGCUAGCAGGAGCCCACUAUUAGCAUGGACCACUUAAGCGCGUGCGCGCGCGCACGCACACACCCACGCACACACGCACAGACAACGCGUACACGCACGCACACGCAGACACACCAGAACGUUUUAAAAGUUGAUGUACGCGAAACAGCGUUCGACAGGUAUUUAUUUAUUUCGUCACCAAAAAUACAAAAUAAAAGAGCCUCAGAUAUUACUAUUGCACAGGUGUAUAAUCUUUUGUCACUAUUAACUGGAAUUUAAAAAUCGUUCCAACAUUGUAUGAAUUUAAUAAAUGCGUAAACGCACGUCUCCUCACCACAAUUUUUUUCUUCAUUAGCUUUGUAUUGCCCAGUUGCGUGUGCUUUGUUUACGGUUGCUUGCCUGCAUUGCAUAGAUUGGCCUGAUAGGGGCAGUGUAGUGCAUAAAUGGCAGAUAACACAGCCAAAGACAAGGAGAAGAAAGUCGCGGUCUGAGACACCAACGAAGAAGAAAGAGCCGAACCUGUGCCAGCCGGAGUACAAUUAGGAUGGCUGGCAAGAUGGCGACCUUGGAAAGAGUUACCGGCCCUCUGGACAAUGUUAAACCAAUAAACCAACAAGGAAAAAAAAAAAAUUGCAGUGGAAGAUGAGACAACAAGUCAAGCUAUGAAGGAGUUGGCAGGCCAGGGUCGUGUGGCUGGGCAUCAACUUAGAUUAAUGUGUGCGCGUGGGCGCGCGUGUGCAUGGUGGUCUCCAUUGAAAGGCCCUUCCUUCUGCUCUAUUUACCCAGGGCGGCCAAUUUGCCACUUGUUGACGACCGAAAAUGACAUCAGAGUGCCGGGCGAGCUGCAUGACCAAAGAGAUUUUGAAGAUGAUGACAUGUACGGACAGUCUGUGGAGGAUGACUACUGUAUAUCACCAGCAACAGCAAAUCAGUUCAUCUACUCUCGACGAGAGAAGCAAGUGCCGAAGGAGGAGCCCCUUGAAGAGGAAGAAUACGAAGAAGAGGAUGUACCCAUGUCCCCCACCAUCAGCCACAACCUUGACCCGCUGGAUCAAGCCAAGCUCUACUCCUGCCUGGACCACAUGAGGGCUGUGCUGGGCGACUCGAUGCCUGACUCCCUGUUGAACCAGGCAGCCAUAAGAUGUGGCUUUGAUGCACAGAAGGCGCUGGAUGCGGUCCUGUCCGAAGACCCCAAAAGGGCCCCCGUCCCCAACCGAACCGGUGCUGAUGUCGAGAAAGCACCGUUACCGCAAAGGAGCAGGCAGGCAGCCAUGAUUGAGAAAGCUAAAAGCAGAGACGUCUCAAAUAAUAAACUGGACUGUGAAGUCGUACCCAAAGUGGCCCGCAUGACCGUCUCGGGCAAGAAGCAGACCAUGGGCUUUGACGUUCCCAGCGGCGACAACGGCGUCAUCGCCGCUGCGGGGCGGCGGGUCAACAGCCCCGAAAACACCACGGCAACACCCGCCGCCGGCGAGGCCGCACCCAAACGACCCGAGACACCUUCCCGAGGUUCGAACGAGGACGAGCUGGCCGGCGUUCCCGCUCCCGGGCGCGCUGCCGGAAAGGCCCGGCAGACCAUGGAUGUGAAGGCUGAACUGGAGAAGAGACAAGGGGGCAAAUCUCUGCUGAAUUUAGUGGUGAUCGGUCAUGUUGAUGCAGGGAAGAGCACGCUGAUGGGCCACCUGCUCUAUCUGCUGGGCAACGUCAACAAGCGCACCAUGCACAAGUACGAAACCGAGUCCAAGAAGGCGGGCAAGGCUUCGUUCGCCUACGCCUGGGUGCUGGAUGAAACUGGCGAGGAACGCGACAGGGGUGUGACGAUGGAUGUCGGCAUGACUAAAUUUGAGACCGAGUCAAAGGUGGUGACGCUGAUGGACGCGCCCGGGCACAAAGACUUCAUCCCCAACAUGAUCACCGGAGCGGCGCAGGCGGACGUGGCCGUGCUGGUGGUGGACGCCAGUCGAGGGGGGUUCGAGGCGGGCUUUGAGGCGGGCGGCCAGACCAGGGAACACGGCCUGUUGGUGCGUUCGCUGGGCGUCACUCAGCUGGUGGUGGCGGUCAACAAGAUGGACCAGGUUAAUUGGCAACCGGAGCGCUUCCAGGAAAUCACCUCCAAACUCGGCCACUUCCUCAAGCAGGCAGGCUUCAAGGACUCUGACGUUUUCUACAUCCCCACCAGCGGCCUGUCUGGAGAGAACCUCAGCACUCGGAGUUUGGUGUCUGAGCUCACCGCUUGGUAUUCCGGUCUCAGCCUGCUGGAGCAGAUUGAUGCCUUCAGGCCUCCUCAGCGCUCUGUGGACAAACCUUUCCGAAUGUGCGUGUCUGAUGUCUUUAAAGACCAGGGCUCGGGCUUCUGCAUCACAGGCAAGAUCGAGGCCGGUUAUAUUCAGACUGGAGAGAAACUGCUGGCCAUGCCCCCCAAUGAGACGUGUCUCGUCAAAGGAAUCACUCUGCACGACGCCCCUUUGGACUGGGCUGCAGCCGGGGAUCAUGUCAGCCUGACGGUAACUGGCAUGGACAUCAUCAAGAUCAAUGUGGGCUGUGUGUUCUGUGAUCCCAAAGAGCCCAUCCGAGUCUGCACAAGAUUCAGGGCGCGACUAUUACUCUUUAAUUUUGAGAUUCCCAUCACAAAAGGCUUCCCGGUCUUGUUGCAUUACGGGACCGUGAGCGAGCCGGCCACCAUUACCAAACUCUUAAGUAUUUUGCACAAGAGCAGCGGCGAGGUCCUCAAGAAGAAACCAAAGUGCUUGGGGAAAGGCAUGAACGCCAUCGUGGAGAUCCAGACGCAGAGGCCGGUGGCGUUGGAGCUCUACAAAGACUUCAAAGAGCUGGGUCGCUUCAUGCUGCGCUACGUGGGCUCCACCAUCGCUGCAGGCGUGGUCACCGAGAUCAAAGAAUGAAGGCCGUUUCCAUCGGCGUCAUCCUUGGAGACCACGUGCGGGUGUGGCGGCCCUCCCUCCAUCCCUCCGGCCUCAUCCGACCGGCCCGAUCAAAUCUUGUCAACCAAUCGCACGGUUGCAGGCCUAAACAAGUUGGCGGCGCCCCGCGACGUCCAUCUUCAAACCCAAAAGACUGCUGUCAGAUGCGCGGUGGUUAAUGGCACUGCAUUCUCCUCUGAUUGGUGGUUUGUUCAAAUGUUGAAAAUGGAACAACAUUCGCAGGCGGAGCCGCAACAGAACAAACCAAUGUCGCGGCUUAUUAUUUAUACCGUUUUCUUUGUUUGUUUGUUUCUUGAGCUGAAAUGGCAAGCUUUAAUUUGAGUCGGCGGGAUUGAAACAAUUGCAUUUUGGAGGAAAUGUUUGGUCGUGUUGUCCAACACGCGCAUCUUCAGUUGGAUCCACAGACUACUUUUCAAGAAGUUUGAUGGGAUGAAGAUAAAACAAAAAUGCUCACCAAA